GCGACGCAUUCUUUCUCAUGAGCGAGAGAAGGUGUGGACGUGAAUUAUAGACGCGGUUUAAUCAAGAGUUUUAACUUUGCAAGUGGUGAAAAUGAACAACCGGUUACAGGAAAUCAGAGAGAGACAGAAACUACGACGACAACUUUUAGCACAGCAGCUGGGAGCUGAAAGUGCUGAUAGUAUUGGAGCAGUGCUGAACAGCAAAGAGGAACAGAAAGAGAUUGAAGAAACAAGGGAGACCAGUAGGGCUUCGUAUGACACUUCUGCACCGGCUGCCAAACGUAAGUGCCAGAAUGAGGGAGAGGUCACAGAGGAAGAUGUUGAAGAACCAAAGGAUGAAGUAGAGCCACAGCAACCCCAUGAGAACCUGCAAUAUGAAGAAGAGGUGUAUAAAGAUUCAAGUACUUUUCUAAAGGGAACUCAAAGCCUGAAUCCACACAAUGAUUAUUGCCAACAUUUUGUGGAUACUGGCCAUAGGCCACAGAACUUUAUCCGUGACGUGGGUCUUGCUGAUAGGUUUGAGGAGUACCCAAAACUCAGGGAGCUGAUCAGGUUGAAGGAUGAAUUGAUUGCGACAACAAACACCCCUCCUGUGUACUUGCAAGCAGAUAUGGAGACCUUUGAUUUGCGUGAACUGAAGUGCAAGUUUGAUGUGCUUCUCAUUGAGCCACCUUUGGAAGAAUACUACAGAGAGUCUGGUAUCGUUGCCAAUGAGAAGAUCUGGGCAUGGGAUGAUAUGAUGAAGCUGGAAAUAGAAGAAAUUGCAGCACCGAGAUCAUUUGUCUUCUUGUGGUGUGGAUCGGGGGAAGGACUAGACCUGGGCAGAGUGGUACAGUAUCUCUUAUUAAAACUUGUUUCAAACAAUAUCCCAGUUUUUACAUUUACAGCCCAAUUUAAUAAUCAUUCUCUGCAGAUUACUUUUUCGACAAUGCCAUCUGAAAUUGGAAGGUGUUUGGCACAUAGCCGCAUAAUUCCCAGACUCUUAAUGACAGAAUAUUAUCGGAUAUAUUGCAAGUCACGAAUUCUUUUACCCCCAAAUCUUGAAAGAGAAGACAUUUGCUGGAUAAAAACAAACAAAAAUAACCCUGGGAAAACAAAAACCUUGGACCCCAAGGCUGUCUUUCAGAGAACAAAGGAACACUGCUUGAUGGGAAUCCGUGGCACUGUUAGACGAAGCACUGAUGGAGAUUUCAUCCAUGCUAAUGUAGACAUUGACCUGAUCAUUACAGAAGAGCCUGAGAUUGGUAACAUAGAAAAACCUGUGGAGAUCUUUCACAUCAUUGAGCACUUCUGUCUAGGACGAAGACGGAUGCAUCUCUUUGGAAGGGAUAGCACAAUCAGACCAGGAUGGCUGACAGUGGGCCCAACUCUCACUAACAGCAACUUCAAUGCAGAAGCAUAUGCCUCCAACUUCAACUCGACAAUGACGGGGUGCACCGAGGAGAUAGAGCGGCUGCGCCCCAAGUCCCCCCCUAACAAGUCAAAGUCUGAGCGAGGAGGUGGGGCCCCGAGAGGUGGAGGAAGGGGUGGCGCUUCCGCAGGACGUGGAGACAGGGGGAGGGAGCGGAACAGAUCCUUUCGGGGUGACAGAGGGGGUUUUAGGGGGCGUGGAGGGCCUCACCGGGGAGGAUUCCCACCACGAUGAUACUGGGUGAAAAAAUACUGGGCAAGACAGAAGAUUCAUUGGCCUUUGUGCAGCAUUUGCUAAGGGAGAAAAAAACACAAAUGAAAAACCUAAUUCCACUCUUGGUUAUCUACUGAGAUCUCAUGAAAAAUGUGCAUUUUAAUGAAUCUUACUGCCUAAUCCUAGUACUGUAGACAACAACUGUGGACAUAAUUACUGUAUGUAUUUCUUUUUAUACUUAAAAAAAAAAAAAAAAAAAAAAAAAAAAAAAAAAAAACAGUUUAUACUAAAUAUCUUAGAUUUUAGUUAUUUUAGUUUUUGAGCAAAUAAUGUUCAUACUCUUGCUUUAUUCUAGGCAUUCUGUCACACUGGUAUGUACUGUAGUUAGAAAAAUACUCCAUUAUUUGUGUGAAAAGCAUUAUUGAAUCUGAAUUGUUAAACUGUGGGCAGUUUAAUUUUUUGCAUGCAAAAAACAUUUAAAAACGAAUUCCAUGCAAGCCAUCUUCAGAAACUACAGUACAUCCACACCCACACAUUUACAAGUAAACUUGAACAGUGUUUUGUUAACAUUUUUAAUAAAAAAAAAAAGUUAUUUGCAUCUAAA